AUGUCUGGGCGUGAUCAUAGGCCAUAUUAUACCAAUCGCCCAACGUCAUGGCAUGGAGAGCUCUCCUUUACCAGUCCCUCUGGCCACCGAAAUUACCCGCUUAAUCCCCUGAUAACUCGCGCUUCGCUACGCACCAUCCCGACCAGCUACACCAGCAGCAUCUCGUCGUAUGCCACCGUACUGACGACCAGCUUGUCUACCAGACUUGGAGCUGGGUACCAAACCGGGCACUCCCGUUCGCGGUCUUUCGAAUACACGCCCAGCUACACUCCCAGCUAUACCUCCUCUGCUACGUCGAGCUACACCCCCGGCUGCCGCCCCGACUACGCUACUACUUCCACGUCGAAGUACACUCCUAGCUACCGCCGUAACUACGCCACUGCGUCCACGUCGAGCUACACUCCCAGCUACAGCCCCAGUUACACUUGCACGUCAGAGUCGAUGCCAACCACGGCUUCGAUUUCGAGCAGCAGCACACUGUUCCCUAGUUCUAAUCCCACCAGGCGGAACAGCUCCGGAUUUGGCAUGACGCCUGUCAUGUCUGAACGUGAUCAUACGAACCGCCCAGCGCCAUGGCGGGGAGCCUUCUCCUCUCCUUACUCUUCUAGUCGCCGGACCUCUACCACCGGCUACCUGGGCAGCACCUCAACGUAUUCCAGCUCACCCGCGACCAGCAUCUCUAGGUUUGGAACUGUGUACCGAAGCGGGAGCUCCGGCUCGCGGCCUUCCGACUAUACCCCUAGCUACACUUCUACAUCAAGCUACACCCCCAGCUACUUCUCUAGCUACUCCGCUACUUCUACAUCAAGCUAUACCCCCAGCUACACUUCUACCUCGAGCUAUACCCCCGGUCCCACUUUCACAUCGGAUCCAGAAGUCGUGUCGGCUAGUACGCCAACAUCGACUUCUUUGUUGAACGGCCCACUGUUCCCGGGCUCCGCGUCUUCAAUCUCACGGAGCCCGCUGCUCUCUAGCUCCACGUCUCUACGGCCGUCGGGCCAUGCUUCAGACGUAUCACAAAGCACACUGCAGCGAGGCAGAUAUAGCAUGGUUCUUGGCGAGGCGCCAAUGGCCGGGUUCGUCGGAGGAGGUUCUUUGAACAGCGGACGGUUGAAUGUUGGAAGCUCUGGUGCAGGUGGCCAGAGCACAAAGCCUACCCGCUGGGUGGCGCCGGUGGCCCCAGCCAACAGGUCGGAGCCCGUUGUGAGGUCCUUUUUCGACCGCCGGUCUACGGAUGACAGGUCACGGUAG